AUGUCGCUGGCUGGGUCUUCUGAUUGGCUACGGACGCGACGCCGCAGCUUGGCUCGCCACCACCCGUUGCCGGAACACGACUUAACUCUUCGCGCCACAAAGACUCAACUCGCCGUCAAUGACGGCGUCAUGCUUCACUCGCAAAUCGAACCGUUUAGCCGAGCGGUGUGGCGAGUUCAACCCUCCGAUCUGAGCACCGCUCCUGUGGCGAUGGGGCUUCCUUCUCGCCAGCAGAAGCUUGUGGCCGGCACGAAAGCGAGAAUCACAAGCAUGCGCACUGCGACUCGCCGUCUGCGAGUGGAUACCAUCGCUGUGUGGUUGUGA